GUCUCCUUUGUUUAGCUCAUUAGGAAGCCCUAAUUCUUCUCUUCAAAUUCUUUUCUUUCUUCAAACUCUUUUCAUUUGCCCUUGCCUCUCUUCUUCCUUUAAUUUCAAAAUCGGAAUCUAAAUCGAUUACUUCCAGACUGAUUUUGAUUUUUAGGUUAUAAAUUAUUGUUUUUAGUAGUUAUAUUGAAGAUGAGUGUGGCAGUUCUGAAUCCGGAAGAUGUUCUGAAAGAGAAUCGAAUCUCAAGGCGGCCGUUGAUUUCUUCUCCUUCUCCCAAGAUGAAAUACCCAAAACAGCCUUACCCUAGUUUGAACCGGUCGAACCGGAUGCAAUCUACCCGAAGUAAGCGGAGUCCGCCACCGAAUCAAAACGCGUCGCCUCCCUCACGAGGCGUGGUGGCGGCACCUAAACUCCCCGCCAAAAACAAUCUCGUGAUGGGGCAAGUCAAGAUCCUGAAACGUGGAGAGGAACUCGCGAAAACGACGACAGAGCCUGUGAAAAACAUCGCCGAGAAGCGUGAAGAUCCAGAUCUGGGAUCUACGGAGAGGUUGGGACCUGAUCCCGAGUCGGUCUCAAUUCAAAUACGACUGACGGAGUUGAAGGACCGAGUUGCUCCUUUUUACGCCGGGUCAGCCUUUAUUACUUCCCCACCUCCUAGUUCGCUUCCUUUGCCUGCUUUUUUCACGAAGAAGACAGUGACAGUCAGUCACGGCGACGCAACGACUGACUUAAGAAGGAUUUUGAAGCUUGAUGCAUUGUGAAGUAAAUUUCAGAAUGGGAUUUAAUUGGGUUUUCUGAUUAUCGAUCUGGUCUCUUAUUUUUUCAAGGGGACGAAGACCGAAUUGGCUAACUCAACUUAUAAAUUUGUGGCGGUAGUGGUAAUUUAAGUAGGUUAUUUCUUAAAGGUUUGUGAUAAACAGUAGUGGGUCGAUCAAGAGCUCAAUGUAUAGUUUAUAUUAUAGCUUUAGUUUCAAGGGAUUAUGAUAGAUUUGGGGUUGUUGGGUUGUUUUCUUUUCUUGUGGGUCGAGUUAAAAUAUGUUGAUGAUUAUGAAGAAGUUAGAGAUAUUAUGUGUCUGUGCUUCUGUAAUGUGUUGUAGGUACCGUAUGGUUAAUCUGUAUUCCAUUGUGUAGUUGCUUUCAUUUGUGAAAUGACGAAGUUUAGUUAUAUUA